AUGAAGGCUUUGAUCCAGAAUGUACCUAAGAUAUGGAAGUUGGAGGAUCGGGUGAUUGGGACAGACUUGGGGUUUGGCAAGUUUCAAUUUGAUUUUGAAACGGAGAAUGAUAUUGAUGCGGUCAUGAAGCUUCAGCCUUAUCAUUUUGAUUACUGGAUGCUUGCUUUGGCGCGGUGGCAACCAAAGAAGAAUCAACUAUUCCCAUCCGAAAUCACUUUUUGGGUUCGAGUGAUUGGUGUUCCAAUGGAGUUCAGGACGGCCCCAACUUUUGAAAGCCUCGGCGAGGCACUUGGAAGAUUAGUAGCAGUGGAUGUGGAACAUUGUCGAGUUCAGGUGGUGGUGGAUGCGUUUCAAGAGUUAUGCUUUGAAACCACUUUGGACUUCAAAGGGGGUGAGUUCUACGAUGGCGAGGAAGUAAAGAUCUCUUUGGGGUAUGAGAAACUGUUCGGGUACUGUGAUGUUUGUUCGAGUCUCUGUCAUAAAGAGGAGCUAUGUCCUCUGUCAAAGAAGACUGUCGCGAAGGCGAGUCCAGAGAAGGGAACGGGGGUUGGUAUGAUGGGGGAAAGCAUGACGAUCGAGCACGGAGCUAUAAGGGGGUAG